UGAGGUAAGGCUGAUCUCAUGCUGGGUUUUCAUCUUAGAUUUGCUGUUGAUUAAAUGAAAAGCUUGUAUGCACUGGCAAAUUGCUAAUGUACCUGAUAGCACAUCGUUUGUAUGUGCUUCAUCUCCCUCUUGCCUGUCCUGGUCUGCUUUGUGUGAUGGUGACAUUCUCCCUGAAUCCUCUGUGCUUUUUCAGAUCAACGCUGAAUUCAAGAGAAUCACGACUGUACCACUUCAGUCCAAGUUCUUUUCUCAGGUGGACCUCCACACUGACAACUUGACAAGGCUGUUCCAGAAGAGAGGAGGACAGCUAGGUGAACGGCUCAAAAGAAUCACUGCACAAAUUGCCAAUUGUGAUGAUGUAGAUGCUGGACGAGAGUGCAUCAUUAAAGGAGUCUGUGUCUACAUGGGCGAAGAUCCAGAUAACCUCCUACAGGAAUAUGUGAGCCUGGAUCAGAACACGAUCAACAAGGCCAUUGAAGACACUACAGUUGGUAUAUAUGUUGUCAAAGAACAUGCUUCAAGUGAUGAAGCAGAGGACAUUGGCAUUGUUCUUGAAGGCAUCAAGGUGUUACAAAACCUUGAUAAUGUAGCAUUAGGUGUUGCUGUUUUAUUUGGAUUGAUGUAUGCGCUGAACCUCAGCUAUCCUGCUGACCUCCGCUACACUUUUGAGGUAAUUCAAAAGAUCUGGAUGGAACUGGAUCGAGGGAAACUUUCCAACAGAGCACUUGCUCUGAAAAACAGGCUCCAUCAGUGAACAGUUCAGACUGGAUUGACUGCACUUUUUUUUAAGUUUUGUUUCUCAGUGACAAGUUUAUGCAGGAUUUAUUGCUUUUUGUUUACAAACCUGUUACUGUUAUUAUGUUCUAUUUGCUCUUGAGGAUGCACUGGAUGCUCAAGCUCACAUUAUAUUUUUGAAUGUACUGUGAUAGGUUCAGAUUG